AGGAGUGAGUCGCUGCCCCGGAGAAGAAGCUCGGACACCCGGCUGAUCUCUGACCGCACACCGGCCCAUGCGAACCGGACUGUCGGUGUGGAGCAGCACGGCCGGCGGGGAAGAGGAGCCCGUCGUCCGGUCGGAAAGCCCCGGGACGCGAAGAGUUAAGACCCCGACACCCCAACUGUUUCUCCGAGGAGGAGCUAGCAGGCUAACAGGCUACAUCCACCGGGAGCCGGAGCAUGGGGAGCCCGGGAGAGCUCGCCUGACAGAGCCGAUCUGCUGCCCCCCCUCCCCCGGGGGACGCCACCGUGGCUGUGGACGGAUCCGAGCCGAGAGGGAAUGACACCCGGAGACCGAUAAGCGAGUUGCUCCAGAGAGAAGUCCCAGUCCCAGGCCUGCUGGCUCGAGGUUGCACAAAAUAACCAAGAAGGGAGAACAUGACUCACUGGCCUCUACCAGAGACCGGCACGGGGCAGAUGUGCCAACCCCGCCCCCGCUUGCUGCUUUAGAAGCCCCCCCCGGUGAGCCAUGACGGAGAGGCAUCGAGGUUAACUCUCGGACAAUCGUCUCAAUACCUCUCCUUCUCCCUGCCCCUCAAGACCCCCCCCUGCUUCUAGCCCUUCCCCAUCAUGCUGCGAUUCCUGCCCCUCAAACUUGGUCGCCUGUACCGCUGUCUGAAGCUCCUGUUUGUGGUGGGGCUGUUUGUCGUACUGUUGAUGAACACACACAACCUGUUCGCCUCCUUCCAGAAGAACGAGUUGACUGACCGCCGCUUCAUCAACCUCAACAAGUGUCCCGCCUGCUUUGGCACCAGCUGGUGCCGCAAGUUCAUGAACGGUCAGGUCUCCUUCGAGACCUGGGGUCGCCUGCGAUUCUUAGACGUAUUCAACGUCAAGAACGUGUACUUUGCACAGUACGGUGAGCCCAGAGAGGGAACCCGCCGGGUGGUGCUCAAACGUCUCGGCUCCAACCAGGAGCUGGCCGAGAUAGACCAGAAAAUCUGCAAGAGGGCCACAGGCAGGCCGCGCUGUGACCUCAUCCAGGCCAUGUAUAAGACUGAGUUUGCCCGGAUCAACGGCGAUGUCCGCCUGCUCACUCCCGAGGUGGUGGAGGGCUGGUCCGACCUGGUGCACUGCCCCUCUCAGAGGCUGCUGGACCGGGUGGUCCGCCGGUACGCCGAGACCAAAGACUCAGGCAGCUUCUUGCUCAAGAACCUCAAGGACACGGAGAGAAUGCAGCUGCUCAUGACGUUGGCGUUCAACCCGGAACCACUCGUACUACAGAGCUUUCCGUCAGACGAAGGGUGGCCAUUCGCCAAGUACCUGGGAGCGUGCGGGCGCAUGGUAGCUGUCAACUACGUGGGCGAGGAGCUGUGGAGCUUCUACAACGCGCCCUGGGAGAAGAGGGUCGACUUGGCGCGCCAGCUGAUGGACAUCGCCGAGCAGCUCACCAACAACGACUUUGAGUUUGCCCUCUACCUGCUCGACGUCAGCUUUGAUAACUUCGCGGUCGGCCCACGCGAUGGAAAGGUCAUCGUGGUCGACGCAGAGAAUGUUCUUGUGGCAGACAAAAGGCUGAUCAAGCAGAACAAGCCGGAGAACUAUGACGUGUGGUACGAGAGCCGCUUCGAGGAGUGCGACCGGGAGGCCUGCCUGUCCUUCUCCAAGGAAUCCCUCUGCUCCCGGGUCACUGUGGACCACAACUACUAUGCCGUCUGCCAGAACCUGCUGUCGCGGUACGCUACGUGGCGGGGCACCACCGGGGGCCUCCUCCACGACCCCCCCGCCCACAUAGCCAAAGAUGGACAACUCGAGACUCUGCUGGACGAGUGCACCAAACCCAAAAAGCGCUACGGCCGCUUCCAGGCGGCCAAGGAACUGCGCGAAUACCUCACACAGCUAGCUGCUGGCUCCGCCUCUGCGACCGCCAGGUAAUGAAUGGAGUUGGCGUCAGCCCGAAAGCACUGAGAGACUGGAUUCCUUUAGACUCUUGAUCUCCAGACUCUUUGAGAUCCUGGUUCUUGUACAUGAUGUCAUUUGCUCCCCUUUGUGCACCGGAGCAGGAAGCUGUUGGAGGUCGUGCGUCAGGAAGUGUGAGAAUCCAACUUCAAAGCAGAUUUGUUAAAGCUCGAGCUUUUUAACCGACUUUGCUCCUGUGUGAACGAGCGGCGAGGCACUAAGAGAUUCUGCUUAGAACCAGGAUAGAGAGGGGGAUAGAGGUGACUGCUCCUCUACCGGGGUGGGCCUGCCAUGUCUCCGGGGUGGGGUUGGAGUGACAGAGGGCUGUGACACAUCCCCUGAACGCAUCCUUCACCGGACCCAGGCUAACGCAAAGCAGAGCGUCCCAGCGACAGCAGCAGCAGCAACAUCACACGGCCAUGACAGCAUCUAUUCAGAAUUGUUGUUGUUUCAUACCACUGAAACUUAACACCUGUUUCAUGUUGCCCCCAGGAUCUCUCUCUCUCUCUUUUAUUUUUUUAUUUUAUUAUUUUUCAGGGGCUGAAUCUAAGCAGAUUGGUACAUUUCCAUUUUUGCUGUGCCACGGCUUUUCUUUCCUCUGUAGCAUGACUGCAGGGAAGGUGGAGGUAGCAUGAAUCUCCCGCUGUCAGGCAGCAGGGAAGGCCGAGCUACUGCAGGUAGAGCGGA